AUGCGUUAUUACAAGCCCUCUCAUCUCUACAUAAUAUUUUAUUAUUUUAUUUUCUUCACUUUUUAUUGUUUUUAUUCAUCAUCUGCCUUUAAUUGGAAAUGUGCUGGCUGUAAAACUGGUGUUGAAGUAAUUCGAUAUCUUUAUGAAAUGAAUUACACGAAAACAGAAAUUUUAAACACAGCAGAAUAUGUCUGCAGACAUUUUGCUGAUCAAAAAUCUUUUGUUUGUAGAGGAAUUACCUCACAAUUUAAAGACGAAUUUCUUUAUGUUUUAGAGAAAUUGGUUUUUCAGCCAAGCCAGCUCUGUGGAUUAAUUUUGAAUGGAUGUGGAAAUCCAAUUAAUCCAUUUGACACGAAUUGGAAUGUAUCUCUCCCUCCUUCUCCUCCAACUUUUAAGAAUUUUAAAUCGUCAACAAAUCAAACAAACAAAACAACACCUAUUAGGAUUUUGCAAUUAUCAGAUAUUCAUUUUGACCCGGCUUAUUUGGAAGGGAGUGAGGCAGAUUGUGAGGAACCUGUUUGUUGUAUUAAAAUGCCGAAGAAAGGAGAACUUGUAAAAAAGAAAGCGGGAUAUUGGGGGACAGCAGCAAAAUGUGAUAUUCCCCUUCGAACUGUAGAAAAUUUGUUAGAACAUAUUAAUCGAACUCAUAAACUUGAUUUUGUACUUCUUUCUGGCGAUUACCUUCAUCAUCGAGAUUGGGAAUAUACUCGUGAAGGACAUCUAUCAGCCAUUGCCAAUUUAUCCGCCCUUUUACAACACCAUCUACCACAAAUUCCAAUAUUUUGGGCUCUCGGCAAUCACGAGGCUGUCCCAGUCAAUGCUUUUGGGCCUCACUUUGUACCUGAUCAGUUUAGACCAACUUGGAUGUAUCGAGCUUUACUGGCUGAAGCACAUAAAACAGACCAGGGUCUUUUAUCAGUUGAAGCUGAUGAAGAUUUUGUUUAG